GUAAACUGUAGCUAGCUUGAUGCUAGUGUGAAAAGCCCACGAUCACUUCUGAAGGACGGAAAGAAACACAGCCGCUGUCCGGAACACUUUACCAUCUUUUUUUUUGUUUAAGUGGUAAACAUCAUACAAACAGAGACUUGGGCAAAAAUAAGGUGUUGGUCAUGUCAGUACAGAGGAAAGGAGCUGCAGCUAAGCUGCCCAAAUGUGCCUUCUGCAGGACCAACCGGGAUAAGGAGUGUGGGCAGCUGCUAGUGUCUGACAACCAGAAGGUGGCAGCCCACCAUAAGUGCAUGCUUUUCUCUUCUGCCUUGGUAACAUCUCACUCAGACAGUGAAAACAUUGGAGGGUUCUCCAUCGAGGAUGUGAAAAAGGAGAUCAAGAGGGGAAAUAAAUUGAUGUGCUCGUCAUGCCACAGACCGGGUGCCACAAUUGGCUGUGAUGUGAAGACGUGCCGGAGGACAUAUCACUAUUAUUGUGCUGUGAAAGACAAAGCCCAGAUUAAAGAGAAUCCCUCACAAGGAAUUUACCUGGUUUACUGUCGCAAACACAGGGAUGCAUCUCAAGAUGAUCUUCAGGAUGGAGGGGAAGGUGUGGCCAAUGAUUCCGACUCAUCACCUCCGCAAAGUAGGGGCAGAGGAAGGUUUGAGAAGGGAAAAGCAAAGGUUGGAUCCCGUGGUCAGUCAGAAGACAGCCGCUCUGCCUCCUCACAGGCUGCAGAUGAAGAAAGUACCUCCCAUCGGGACAGGUCACCUCUUCGGCCCAGCCAAGGAGAUGGUGGCCAGCGAUGUGGCUUUUGCCAUGCAGGUGAUGAAGAGAAUGAAACACGAGGGAUGCUUCACACUGAUAACUCAAAAAAAGUGGCUGCACACUACAAGUGCAUGCUCUUUUCAUCGGGUACGGUGCAGCUGACAACAACAUCACGGGCUGAAUUUGGAAACUUUGAUGUGAAAACAGUCAUCCAAGAAAUCAAGAGAGGGAAAAGAAUGAAAUGCACACUCUGCACUCAGUUGGGUGCUACCAUCGGGUGUGAAAUCAAGGCCUGUGUUAAGACCUACCACUAUCACUGUGGCCUGCAGGACAAGGCAAAGUACAUUGAAAACAUGGCCCGUGGCAUUUACAAACUAUACUGUAAGAACCACAGUGGCAAUGAGGAGAGAGACGAGGAAGAUGAAGAACGAGAGAAUCGCAGUAGAGAGCGAGCAGCAAUUGACCAUGGGGGAACACCAUCAAUGCAAGUGAACGGCAACUAGGUCUGCCUUUUGGAUGUGAUGUGGGGUUAAAAAACAAGAACUCAGACAAGGCAGUGAUACAAUUUGUAUACUAAAUCUUAGCCUACUCACAAUUCGUGGUCUUUGAGCUCCCCACGAUUUGUUUGCACAUCUUCUUACAGUAGACGGAUGGGAUGCCCCGAUGUCCACAAUUUUACUUUUUCAUGAACCCCUGUUUCAAGUUUGUUAGAUGAUCUUUUGACUGACUGGUGGUUCUCUGCAAAGCACUGGACUGCUACAGGAUCAUACAGAGCAAUUACUUACCUUUCCAAAAGUGUGUCAUGGGCUAAAUUUCAACAUGUUUUAUGGCUGUGAACAAGGUGUAAAGGACUGAUCAUCUGAUUAAAACUUCCACACGUUCCCAUGGACUACAUGACCCACACUUGUUGAAAUCAAUACAUUCUUGCUCUUCCUUAGCUAUGAAAGGACUAAUUUUUAAGAAGGGUCUGUUUUGUUACUAGUCUCUCUAUCGACUUGUGAAGUUUGAUUACUUUGUUUCUGUAAUCAUGUCUUAAGAAUACUCUUUUGAUGUUAGCCUUUUUUCCUUGAUUUGUAAUAUUUUGCUACUGUAUUACUCUAAGUAAUUAUGAUUGUCUAAGUUUCAGACAGUCACUGUUACAAGUUCUACCAGCAUGCACUUGUAUUUUCUCACUGGUAAAGGAGGCAUUUUUUAUUUAGCUGCUAAAGGGCAAAGUAGAGCUCUUUAGAACACUCAGCUUGACUUUGUUUGGUGUACUGUUACUUGUAUCUUUAAAAAUGUACCCAUGAACAAUUUGAAAUAGAAAAGAUUUUAUUUUACACA